AUGAGACUCUCAAACAUCCUCUCCCUCACCCUCGCCUUCAUCGCCCCAACCGCCAUCCUCGCUGCCCCAGCAAACACCCUCCACCGCCGAGACUGUCCCUCCGUCGACACCAUCCGCCAAUGGAUCCGCGACAACGCCAGCGUCGGCGAAAACACAAUCUUCUACACCGCCGGCGCCAAGCAAGAGCAGGCGAAAGCCUUUGCCGAGCAAAAGGUCACAGACGGCAACUACUGGGGCAAAGUAUUCGACAACAACAAGUAUCUCGACUGGAUCGAGGAAUGCGGCGAAGGUCCUGAGCAGGAUAAGCUAUUUCCUCGUAUGGGAGAAGCGCUCGCUAGGGAGUCUAGUGGAACGGCCUAUGUGAUCAUGAUCAAGGGGAAUGCUAUUGCGAAUUUCUGGAAGGAUAAUGAGUAUCCGUACCUUGAUGAGAAUGGGGUCAAGAUCAUUGCUGUUAAUGCUGAGAACUUUGAUGAUCAGAAGGAUUAUAAUGGUCAGCCAUUCAAGCGGGCUAUUCAGUUUUAG